AGCCAAAAGCAAAUUAGCUUUGGAACAAUUUUGGAUCUUCAGUUUCCAAGUUACCAUUUUGAAUUGAAUUUGUAGAUGGGGUCGAUUUCUGCUUUAGUCGGAGUAUUGUUACUAUCGGCUAUGGCCGUGGCAGCGGCGGUGUUAGACCCACAGAAUGUCUCCUCUCCGGGGGCCUUAGUUUGGUCCACGGCCAAAGAGGAGAAAGAUCUGCUGCAAAAGUCUGACGAUUCCAACCAUGAUUCUACUUCCUCUACCCCCGCCGCAGCCGUUGACGACCUCGAUGGUGGCUUUUCCUCCCUCGACAGCAUGUUACAGUGGGCCAUAGGUCAUUCUGAUCCGGCCAAGCUCAAGGAAACGGCAGAAGGUGUCCAGCGUCUUUCUCCGUCUGAGUUGCAGCAGCGUCAACAGGAAAUAAAGGAACUGAUGGAAAAGUUAAAAAUGCCAUCAGAUGCACAGUUGAUGCAAACCGCACUUGAUGACUUGAAUAAUUCGUCUUUGUCAUUGGAGGAUCGCCAACGUGCUCUACAAGAGCUUUUGAUUCUUGUUGAGCCAAUAGAUAAUGCCAAUGAUUUGUGUAAACUUGGUGGCCUACGUGUGAUUGUACAGGAGCUUGAUCAUCCAGAUUCAGAGAUAAGGACAACUACUGCAUGGGUACUUGGGAAAGCAAGCCAAAAUAAUCCAUUUGUUCAGAACCAGGUUCUGGAUCUUGGGGUAUUGGCAAAGCUAAUGAAGAUGGUAAAAUCUAGUUCCAUUGAAGAAGCUAUCAAAGCAUUAUAUGCUGUCUCAGCCUUGAUCAGAAAUAACUUUGCUGGGCAGACAUUGUUCUAUGCAGAAGCUGGAGAAAUGAUGCUUCAGGACAUACUAAGUAACUCCAGCAUAGAUAUCAGACUACGUAGGAAGGCUGUGUUUCUGAUUGGUGAUCUGGUGGAACGUCAGUUGGAAAAUAUAGAUCAUGCUGAGAUGCCUUUCUUUAGCAACUGCUUCUUCUUGAAAUCUGUGGUUGAUCUGACAACAUCAUCCGACCUUGAUCUCCAGGAGAAGGCCCUUCUCGCAAUAAAGAAUCUUCUGCAACUUAAAACAACUGAAGCUCUUGUUUUCAAGGAUUUUUGUCAUUUAGAUAAUGCCUUGGAGAGAAUGAGGGAGCGGCUGGAGGACUUGAUGUAUGAGGAAUUUAACAGAGAUUAUGUAAUAGAUAUCGAAGGCCUUCGGAAGGAAGUGGAGCAGAUUUACCAUAGAAAACUGGAAAAGGUAAGAGCAGUGCCAGCGUGAAAAGCCAUCAUGAAAAUAACAUUCUGUUUUUCACCAAAAUGUCCAACUUGAUGGUGCCAAUGCCAAACCUGUUAUCAAUCUGAUGUGGGGUUUUUCUCACAUAAAAAUACAAGACAGCUUUGAGCUCCUCGGCUUAUACUUGUAUUGCCAUUUUUCAAGAGAGAUUUAUGUCGACAUCACAAGUGUUAGGUGUUUAUGGAUAGAAGUAGUUGAGAUGAGAACUUGAAAAGAGGGGAUUCUAAUACGCAAUUAUAAUUUUUAAUGUAGAGGACAAAUAUGGUUGUUCUUUGUUAUCUUGUGGCAAUGGGGAGCAACUUUUUUUUUUUUUU